AUGAUUUAAAAAAAUGAUAAUUUUGAAGAUAGUGAGUUGUCAAAUCCAUGUCAAAAAAUCAAUGAAAAUUAACCCUAGCUUAUAAAUUACAAAAGCUUUGAUAUAAAAAAAGUACUUGAUGAAUUUGAAAUAUAUUUUGAAAAAUAUUCUUCAUUAAUUGAUAUUCAUAAAGAAUUAUUGUAUCUAUCAUAUAGAAUUUAAUUACCUGAAAAAUAUUUGAACAACAUUAUUGAAUAUUUAAAAGAUAAAAACUAAGAUUAAAAUUAAAUAGUUAUUUAAAGGACAUAUUGUUUAAUAUUAAGAUAAUCAAUUAUUAAGGGAGCAAGAAUAAGAAUUGAUACUAUAAUUGAAAUAUUUAAUGUCAUUAAGGAUAAAAUUUCUUAAACUGAAUUAGUUGAAAUUUUAUCCAUUAAACAAUAAUAGGAGUUUAUUAAAGAAGAAGAUUUUGAUAAAAUUUUAAAUAAUAAUGAACUUGAUAUUGAAAUUAAAUAAAAUCUAAUUAAAAUGAAAUUCAAUAAUAAAGAUUACUUUUGUAAUUAAGAUUACGUGUCAAAUAUAUCAAUUGAGAAAAUGAAUUAAAUGAUGGUAACAAAAAAUGUUCAUAUUGAAUAUUAAAGAAAUUUUAUUAUUGAAGAGAACUAGGAUUAAAAUUAUGAUUGUAUAUAUGAAUUUAUUAAUGAAAAUUAAGUAUCCAAAAAUAUAAUUUAAAUUGAAUAAAAAGAAAAGCAAAAAAGGAAAGUUUCAGGAACAUUAUUUAUUGGAACUUAUAUAACAAUUAAAUAAUUGUAUGAAUAUGCAAUUACUUCAAACUAAAUAAAAGAAAAAUAUAAAAAUGAAUUAUUACCUGAAAGAUUAUUUGGGUAAAAGUAUUUUUCAAAAGGAUAGCUGGGUGAUUUCUUAUGUGAUCGAAUGAUUAUAGAAACAUUUUUAAUAAUAUCAGAAAAGUAAUCAUUAAAUUAAAAAGCUAUUGAUAAAAUAUUUUAACUUUUUAAUUCAUUUGAAGAAGUUAAAACUAUUUUUAUGAAAGAUUAAUCUAGAGAAAUUUAUAUUAAUUCAAUACAUAUAAGUGAGAAUAUAACUGAAGAUUUGAAUGAUAUAGAAUAAUUAACGAAAAGAAUUUAUAAAGUGUUCUCUCUUUAUGAUAAAUCACAUUCUAAAAUUUCUCUAAAUCAUAGUUUUCUUGGCAAAUAAUUAACAUGUUUUGGAGAUAAAAAUUAGGAAGUAAUAGAUAAAAUUGAAGAAAUUAUGUUUUCUGAAUUCUAAAAGAUUAGAGUUAGUGCUCUUAAAAUUAUUUUAAAUUUAGCUUCCUAGUAAUAAUAUAUAUUAAAUGAUUAAUAAAAAAAUUUAAUUAGUGAACUUUAAAAUCGUAAUGAAUCAAAUCAGGAAUUUCGUAAAGUAGCCUUAUAGCUUUACAGUUUAUUGAAUUAGAAUAAUUAAAAAUAAGUGAUAGAAGGUUGCAUAAAUAAAAUCAAAAAUUGUUAAUAUGAAGGAAUUGAUUAUGUACUUAAUCAUGUUGAGGUAAGAUAAAUAGCAAAUUUGUUACAAGGGAAAAAUAUUUCGAUUUUAAUCCAGAAUAUUUCAAACAAGUAAAUCACAAAAGAGUAUUAAAUAAAGUUGUCUGAAAUAGUAUCGAUUUUUUUAAGUCAUGACAACUUAAAUAUUUAAAGAGAAGAUUUCAAUUAAAUAUUCAAUCUAUUAGAAAAUAAUUUAGAUUAGUUGUUGAAAGGUUACUUACUUAAAUCAAUUUUAUUGUUUCUAAAAAAAAAUCCAGAAAUUUAAGAUCAAGUUUAUAAAGAGCUUAUAAAAAAUUUUUCUUAAUUUACAGAUUCCUAAAAAGACUAAAUAAUUUUAAGUUUAGGAAAAAUUCUUAAAACAGAAUAAAAAGAAAUAAAUAUUGAUUAAAUUUCUGAUGAAUUUUCAUCAAAAUUAUUUGACCAUAAAAAAAUAAUUCCAAAUUCAAAUGGAAUAGAUUCAAAAUAAAUUGAAGAAAAAAACGACUCAAAUUAUCCAAGUAUAUCUUUAAUUGUUGCUAAAAUUAUUUAUAAUUUAAUCUCAUAAUCAUAAUUUAAAUUAAAUCUUUCAAAAGAAAAUAUAAGUCACUUAAUUUGGACUCUAAAUCAUAAAGACAAAUAGACUUAAGUAUAUGCUCUAAAAAUUUUAAAUUUAUUUUUUAAAAACCUUUCAAAUGAUUAGGAUUAUAUAGAAAUAUGUGAUUAAUUAAUUGAACAUUUAUCUUAAAAUCUAAUAAAUGAUUUUAAUGAUACUGGAUAAUAAAUUUAUUAUUCAUUUUUAUUGUAUACACAACUAAUAUUAUUAAAAUAAAAGAAAUUUGGCCAAAUAAUAGAAUUAUAAUAUAUUGAAGCUUUGGCUUAGAUUUACUGUCUGGAUAUAGAUAGUGAAGAUAAAGGUUAUCUAAUAAUUUAAAAAAAUAUAAUGGAAAUCUUAUAGAAUUAAACUUAUAAUAAAUCAAUUAUACCUGUGUAAUUUAUGAAUUAAUUUGAAAAUAUUUUGAAUAAUGAUCAUUAGAUGUAAAAGGAUGUUAUAAACAUACUCAUAGAGUAUACAAAAUAUGAAAAUUUACAAUAAAACCUCAUUAAAGCACUUUAAAAUGAAUUGAAAAAGGAAGAAAUUUAGAGUGAUAUUAAGUUGAUUUUAGAAUAAGUUAUUAGAAGAGGUUAAAAUAUUAGCGAUCGUGAAUUGUAAAAUUAUAUUGAUAACAUUUCUAUUUCUGAGGAAGAUUCCAUAAAAUGCUUUGAAAUUUUAGAUAUUGCUCGAAAUAAUUUGAUACUUUCUGAACAUAUAUUUACAUCUUUACAAUUAGAAAGAGCUAGAUAUGUAAUUUAAAAACAAUCUGAUGAUUAUAUACAUGCUGUUGAUUAUAUAUAUUAGAAAGUGUAAGAAGGAUUACAUAUAUCAAGCAAUAUUUUUUAGAUUAUUGCAUAAAAAUUAGAUUAAUAACAAAUUAGUGAUAAAUUAAUGAAAAUUUUACUAUCAGCCACAAGUAAUAAAUAAAUUAUUCCCAAAUAUGUUGUUGAUAAACUUUAAACAUAAUUGAAUACUUAGAAUAUUAAUCAAGAUCUUAUGCUUAUAUUUAUAAAUAUGUUAAAGAAUAACUAAGAAUUUUCUAAUGAACUUAUAAUUUGUUUAGAAAAUUUAUUAAAUAAUAAAAAUAUUCCUGAAAAAGUACUUUAAUUCUUUGCAAUUCCUAGUUAAAAUUGUUAAUUAUUUUCUUCAAAAAUUAUUGAGCAAUUAUGUAGGCAUAUUUAAGUCACAUAAGAUUUGAAUUAAGAAAUUUAUCUACUAUAAGCUAUUAAUACAAAAAUAAAAGCGAAUAGUUUAUUUCAUUAAAAUACAUAAUACAUUGAUUUAGUUAAUUAAGUUUUAAUAUAAAAACUUUCAAAAUAAAAAGAAAGAUUAAUUCCAUUAUGUGUUAACAUUAUUGAUUAUUUUUUUUAAUAAAAAUAUAAUUUAAAUACAGAAGUAUAAAUAAAGUUGAAAGAUUUAAUAUUGGAUAAGUAAAUCAAAUAUGAGAAUAAAAUGAAAAUUAGUAAAACUUUAAAAAAUUUUCAACUUGAUGAAGAAACAGAUUAAUUUAUUAAAUAGUUUUCUUUAGAAGAGAAUUUGAAAUAUGAAAAUCUAUGUACUUCAACAAAACAAAUUGAAUUGAUACCUGAAAAUUUUAAAUAAAUAAAUUUGAUAUUAUAAGAUACUAGAAAUUCAAGAGUUUUAUUAUAAGUUAUUUCUCUUUUAGAAAAUUGCAGUAAUAAAUAAGAGAUACCUAAUGAAAUGAUCUAAAAUAUUGUAUUAUUGCUUUCAAAUAAAGAGGUAAAAGAUAAAUGUUUAAAUUUAAUUAAAUAAAUAAUUAAAUCAAAUUAACAAUUUCCCUAAUAUAUUUUCUCAUUUUUAAUAGAUAAUUAUGAGGAGGAUCUCUAAAAAGCAUCUUUUUUAACUAUAACUUUAGAAAAUUAGACAUUAAUAGAUAAAUUAAAAAAUAUUUAAUAAUUAGAUUAAUCAAAAAAAUAAUAAAAUUCCGAUUGUUCAAUUCAUAUACUUAAGAAUACUUAUAAUUAUGUUAAAGAGGGCUUUUUAUUGUAAAAUGAUAAAGUAUAAUUGCUUAUCUAAAUUGCAGAUCAAAGUAAGGAUAUUGAAAAGGUUCAAGAAUGUGUAAAAAUUUUAUCAUAAUCAAUUUUGAUGAAUUAAUUAAAAUUAGAUGAAGAUAUAGUAUAAAGGAUUGAAAGAUUAAUAUAACAUAAAGAUAUGUAAAUAACAACGAAAAUUAUUAAAGCGUAUACAAAAAUAAUAGUAUAGUAAAAGUAUUAAGAUUUAACAAAUACAGUUGAUUCCUUCCUUUAAAGAAAAAUUAAAGAAAAAUAAACAUCACUCUAAGCUUUACAUGAAUGUGUUUCAUAUGCUUAUUAAUUUGAAUAAAAAUUAAAUAGAGAUUGGUUAAAAAUUUUAGAAAUAAACUUGUAUAAUAAAUCUUAAAGGAUUAGUAAUUUAUCUUUUAGAGGGUUAAGAUGUGCUAGUAGAAAUGGAGUUAAAUCUGAUAUUUUUAAUGAAUAUUGUGAUUAAGUAAUACAAGUAUUGGAAAUCUUUUAAAAACCAAUAAAGAGUGAUUUAGAUUUAAUAGAUACUUUGAACUAUUUAUAAAGUUAUAAUUUAGAAGAAACGAUAAAGAAGACAAAGAAUUAAAGUGAUUGGAAUUUAAAGUUAUUAGAAGAUGGUUUUAUAUUGAUUAAUGAGAAAUGUAAUAAGAAUAAAAUAUUAAAUUUGAUUUAAUAAGGUGAAUAAAAUAUAGAUAAUCAUGUUGAAUUUUUACAAACAAUAAUAUAAUUAAAAGAUUUAACAGAUAGUUAAAUUAAAGAUAUGAUGAUAUUUAAAAAAACAAUAGGAGAAAAAGAAACUAUAAAAUUACUGAAUGAGAAUAUAAUAUAUUAAGGAGGACAUACAAAUAAAAAAAAUAGAUGGUAAAAAUUAUAGUAAGGUUGGUUAGAAUAGAUGUUGUAAAAGAAAAUAAGUAAUAAAAGAUCAGAAAUAGAGAUUUUUAUACAGAUUAUGUUUAGAAAUGUUGAAAUGAUAUAAAAGAACAAUGAUAUAUGUGAGAAACUAGCAAUGGUACUGAAUAUAAUAGGAGAGAUAGAUAAUAUAUCAGAAUUUAAGAAUUUAUUAGAUUUUAUAAAUAUAAAUGAAUGGAAAUUGAUUAAUAGUAAACGUUAAUUAAGUGUAUAAGAGUUAAGAUAAUAGUUAGAGAUUAAAAUGAUAUAUGAUAGAUUUGAGUAGGAAAAGGAGGAAUAAUUAAUAGAGACCAUAAAAUAAUUAUAAAUAUAAGGAUGGACAUAUUAGAGAUAGAAAGAGAUAUUAGAUAAAGUCGAAUAAAAGAGAGGUGAUAAAAAGAAAAUGAUGGGAAAUUUAAAAUAAUUAUUUAAGAGUCUAUAUUAUUAUAGGAUUAAUGUAGAGAGUAUAGAUAUAAAUAAUUUAAUUGAUUAAGAUGAUGAUAAUUGGAGUGAAUAAGUAUUAAGUUUUGGUUUAAUAAGAGGAGCAAAAGAUUACAAUAUUUUAGAGAGUGAAUUUGAAUAGUUAAAUAAUGAUAAUAGGAUUAAAGACAUCUUCAAAAAAAUAUAUGAGAAUAAAGAAAAAGAGUAAUGGAAAUAUGAUGAUAUAAGAGUAUGGGCAGAGUAAGUAAAGAAGUUAGAGAGAGAGAGAUUUAAUGGAAAUGAAUUGAUUAUUGAAUCAUUAGCAGUAAUAAAAUAAGCAAUUUAAAUAUAAUUUAAAUAGAUAGUGAAUUAUUCAUAAAUGAUGAGUGCAUUAAUAAUAUUAAAAGAUAAUGAUAAGAAAGGAGUAUUAUUAUAGGUGAGUACAGGAGAAGGUAAAUCUCUAAUAAUAGGUAUCGUUGCAAUAUAUUAUGGUUUAUAAGGAUUAGAAAUAAAUAUACAUACUAGUUCUUUUGUUUUAGCAGAGAGAGAUUGUAAAUACUUAAAACCAUUGUAUGAAAUGUUUAAUCUUUCAUGUAAAUAAAAUAGAGAUAGAUCAAAAUAUAAAAAAGGAGAAAAGUAAUGUUAUAAAAAAGACAUAGUACAUGGUGAUGUAUCAUAAUUUUAAUUUGAUUCUUUAAGACAUCAUCAUAAUUAAUUAAAUACUAUGGGAAAUAGAAAUAUGUAAAUAGCUAUUAUUGAUGAAGUUGAUAGUAUGCUUAUUGAUGAAAGUUCCAAAUUUGCAAGAUUAUCUACUAAAAUUGUAGGUAUUGAACUACUUUAACCAAUAUAUCUUCUCAUUUGGUAAUGAAUCAAUAUUCUAGAACAAAAAAUAGUAUUUAUUGAUUCUAAAUAUUAUUAUUUUCAAUAUGGAAAAGUUAAUUAUACAGAAAAAAACAAAAGUUUAUCAAUAUUUGGGGAGGAUGGAAAGAUAAUUUAUGAAUUUGGCAAUCUCGAAUAAUUAGUUAAGAUUUAAGAAUUUUCAGAAAUAGGAUAAGAGAUUUAAAAUAUAGAUGAAUUUAAAGAAAAACAUUUAGUAGAUUAUAUUAAUAAUAUAAUUGAUAAAUCUAAAUUAAUAAUGUUGCCUACUUAUUUUAAAUAAUAUGUUAAACUUAAAUUACAUAGUUGGAUACACAGUGCUAUAUUAGCAAUGAAAUAUAAAGAAGAUAUUCAUUAUAUAAUUUGUUAAGGUGAUAUAAAACCUGUUGAUUUUCAAAAUACAGGAGUCAUUUAAGAUUAUACAUAUUGGGGAAAUGGAUUACAUUAAUUUCUANUGAAAGUAAAGAAGUUAAAGAGAGAGAGAUUUAAUGGAGAUGAAUUGAUUAUUGAAUCAUUAGCAGUAAUAAAAUAAGCAAUUUAAAUAUAAUUUAAAUAGAUAGUGAAUUAUUCACAAAUGAUGAGUGCAUUAAUAAUAUUAAAAGAUAAUGAUAAGAAAGGAGUAUUAUUAUAGGUGAGUACAGGAGAAGGUAAAUCUCUAAUAAUAGGUAUCGUUGCAAUAUAUUAUGGUUUAUAAGGAUUAAAAAUAAAUAUACAUACUAGUUCUUUUGUUUUAGCAGAGAGAGAUUGUAAAUACUUAAAACCAUUGUAUGAAAUGUUUAAUCUUUCAUGUAUAUAAAACAGAGAUAGAUCAAAAUAUAUAAAAGGAGAAAAGUAAUGUUAUAGAAAAGACAUAGUAUAUGGUGAUGUAUCAUAAUUUUAAUUUGAUUAUUUAAGACAUCAUCAUAGUUAAUUAAAUACUAUGGGAAAUAGAAAUAUGUAAAUAGCUAUUAUUGAUGAAGUUGAUAGUAUGCUUAUUGAUGAAAGUUCCAAAUUUGCAAGAUUAUCUACUAAAAUUGUAGGUAUUGAACUACUUUAACCAAUAUAUCUUCUCAUUUGGUAAAGAAUCAAUAUUCUAGAACAAAAAAUAGUAUUUAUUGAUUCUAAAUAUUAUUACUUUCAAUAUGGAAAAGUUAAUUAUACAGAAAAAAACAAAAGUUUAUCAAUAUUUGGGGAGGAUGGAAAGAUAAUUUAUGAAUUUGGCAAUCUCGAAUAAUUAGUUAAGAUUUAAGAAUUUUCAGAAAUAGGAUAAGAGAUUUAAAAUAUAGAUGAAUUUAAAGAAAAACAUUUAGUAGAUUAUAUUAAUAAUAUAAUUGAUAAAUCUAAAUUAAUAAUGUUGCCUACUUAUUUUAAAUAAUAUGUUAAACUUAAAUUACAUAGUUGGAUACACAGUGCUAUAUUAGCAAUGAAAUAUAAAGAAGAUAUUCAUUAUAUAAUUUGUUAAGGUGAUAUAAAACCUGUUGAUUUUCAAAAUACAGGAGUCAUUUAAGAUUAUACAUAUUGGGGAAAUGGAUUACAUUAAUUUCUAUAAAUAAAACAUAAUUUAGAAAUUACAUCUGAAACUUUAUUGACAAAUUUUUUAUCAAAUGUUGGAUAUUUUAAGAAAUAUAAUGGUAGAUUAAUUGGUUUGACUGGUACAUUAGGUUCAAAAAAUACAUAAGAUAUGUUAAAAGAGGUUUAUAAUGUAGAUUUGAUGUUGAUACCAUAAAAUAAUUAUAAAUUAUUUCAUGAAUUACCUUUAUUGAUUGUAAAUUAAAAGAAAUGGUUAUAAUAGAUAAUAAAUUCAUCUAUUAAUGAAUGUUUAAAUAAAAGAGGAGUUCUAAUAAUAUGUGAAACAAUUUAAACUGCAAGAGUCAUUUAUAAUCAGUUGAUUUCUAAGCAUGCUAAAAUCAAAUUGUAUGAUAGGAAUAAUAAUAAUUAAGAGAAAGAAAUUGAAAAAAUAUAAUCAGGUUAUAUAUUUGUUGCAACAAAUCUUGCAGGUAGAGGUACUAAUAUAAAUUCUAAUGAUAUUGAAAAUUAUGGAGGAUUACAUGUGAUAUUAACAUUUAUGCCUUCUAAUUAAAGAAUUGAAGAAUAAGCUUUUGGAAGAACUGCUAGAUAUGGUAAUUUAGGUACUGGUUAAAUCAUAUUAAAUGAAUAACAUCUAAAAUCUUUAGGUUAUUCAUUAUAAGAUUAUUAAUCUUUAAAAAUAUAAAGAGAUUAAUUUGAAUAUUAGAAACUUUAAGAAUUUAAAUUAAAUGAAAUAAAUUAAAAAGAAGAAUACUUUUAAUAAUAUUGUAAUCUCUUAGAUUAAUUAAGAUCAAAAAUUAAUUCUUCAAAUGAAUUAACUUAAUAAGAAAAAUUUUAUUCUUUUUCUAACAUUGAAGAAAGAUGGGCUCUCUUUUUACUUGAAUUGGAAGACAAAAAUUUAUAAGAUAAUAAACCUUCAUUUGAUGAAUUUCGGAUUUCUGUUAUUUAAGAUGUUGAUAAUAAAUAAAUCAUAACUAAUCCUUUUCAUUAAAUAGAUAUUUUAAAUCAUCAAGUUAAUAAAUCUCUAUAUUCUAAUAAUAUUUAAAAUAGUAUAAAUAAGUAUAAAACAUUUAACACCAACAAUGAUUAAUUUGCAACAGUUUAUUUAGAAUAAGCUUAUCUUAUUAUCAAGAGUAACAUUAAUAAUAAAAAAAAUGAAGCGCUUCAACUUCUAUAAAAAGGAUUAGAUCUAAUAACUUAAGAAGUAGCAUUAUGGUAAAGUAUAGUUUCAACUUUAUCAGAAACUUAAACUAAAUUUCAAAAUAGUAAUUUAAACCAAUAAAUUAUUCAAAAAUUAAAUAUUAUUGGAACAUAUGCCAAUAGCAUAGAAGCCAAUAUUAAAGUAAUUUAGAAAUCUAAAAGACUAAUAGAUAUAGUAGGAAUAGACAUUUUUUAAAAUUUAUUUUUUCAUAAAAUUUAAACCUUUUAUAUUGGAUUAGAAAAGAAUGAAGCACUAGAAUAAUGCAAAAAAAUAGGACAUCAAGAGUUUAAAUUAAUAUUUAAUGAUCUCUCAUAUUCUCAAGACUUUUUUGACUUAGGUUAAGCUAAAAUAAUUAUAAAUUAAAUCUAUUAAGAUGACAAAAAUAUCUAAUUUACAUUUUAAUUAAAUCAAAUUCCAGUAUCAUAACUUACUAAAAUACUUUAGUUUAAAAAUACUUUUUAAAAUCUUAAUAAAGAAGGAGCUCUAUAAAUGUUGAAGUAAGAGUAAGGAGGAUUAUUCAAAAGAUUAAUAUCCUCUUCAUCAAUACUUUUAAAACAUGCUUAAUAAAAUUAUGAAAAACUUUCUGUUUAAGAUGCAAUUAAUAAAAUUAAUUAAGAUAUUCAAUCAGAUAAUUUUGAUAUCGAUCUAAUAAUUAUUGAUUCCAAUUUUUCAUAAUUAUAAGAAGAAAUCAAAAAUAAAACCCAUUUGGAUAUUGAAUUAAUAGAAUUAAAUAAAUAGACUCUUAUAGAAUUGCUAAAUAUUAGAUUUGAUUCAUGUAAUCUUAUAAUUAUAAGUGAUAUUGAGGAUAUUAGUAAAAUAGUUGGAUUAUCAUUUAUAAAAACAAUAAAUCAUUUGAAAAAAUAAAAUUACAUCUCCUAUUCUAAGGAAGUAGCUUAAAAUAUUUUUAAAUUUGACAACAAUGAAAAACAUGUUUAAAUUAUUUAAAUUCCAUUAAUUCCCAAAAACAAUAUUAAAGAAGUAUUGGAAAACUGUAAAGAUUAAGCAAAAUUCAAAUUAUAAUUAAACUCUAUUGAGACUUUAGAAGAUUUAAAUAUAAUUGAUCAUAAUAAUAUUAUUAAUGCAAGAUUUAGAAUAAAAUAAUAUCAAUAUAUUGAAAAAUUGUUAGAUAAUUUUAAACAUAAUUAAUAAGAGUUUUAAUUAAUAUUAAAACAUUUAAAUGCUGAAAAAAUUUAGAAAUAUAUAAAUUUAGCAGAACUCAAACAAUAAGAUAUUAAAAUAAUCAAAAAAUAAAAGUUUAAAGAGUUUUUUAAAAUUUACAAAUUGACUGCAUAAUUAGAGUUAUAAGAAUUUGAAGCGAGAGGAUUUAAAAAUGUAAUUGUUUUAAGUGAAAAUAAAAGUUUUCCUUUUUAUAAUAUUUUAAUACUUGGAACUUUAGUAUUAUCUCAAUGCAUAGUUGGAGGUCUUUUAGUAGCAACUGGUUUAGGUAGUUUUAUUGGAGGUAUAAUAUUAUCAGAAGGUGUAUCUGAUUUUAUUAGUCUAAUAUAAGCUUGUUAUAAAAGAGAAUUAUUAUGGUCAGAUUACUGUUAAUAAAAGGCUUUUAGUAUAAUACUUACUAUCAUUACUUUAGGAUUUGGGGGAUUCAAAGAAGUUUAAUUUGGUAGAAAUUUUUUUAAAAGUUAAAUUAGUGAAAAAGGUGUCAAAUUAGUUUAAAUAAACCAUAUUUUUCAUUAGACAUGGAGAUAUACUAUCUCGGAACUUAUUUAUUCUUUAAUACUCAAAGGUGGUAACCUUUUGGCUACUAAAAUUGUUUCUAAUUUACUUAGAAUGGUGGAGCCUUUAAUUUAAUGUCUUCUCUUUGAUAUUGUUUAACAAAAUUUCUAUAAAACAGAUACUAUAAAAUUAAUUAAUAAAUUGUAUGUGCUAGCUUAAAUACUAAAUAAAUAGCUAAUUAAUUAAAUUCAACCAAAAAUUCAUGAAAUAUUAACAAAAAAUUGUUUAAUUAAUUGUUUGACUUCAUGUAUUGCCAGUAUUUUACCCAAAUCUACAAUUCUUAAUGAUAAUUUACAAUCCUAAAACUCAAUUAUCACAUAUAUAUGUAGAGCUCUUAAAGCUGGUAAAUCAAUUUUCAAUUAAAAUCAAUUAAUAUCCAAUCUACAUUAGCAAUUUAAAUUAGAAUUGAAAAAAAUGGCUAAAAAUGACUAUAAUUUUUAAAGUAUACUUUUACAAUAAUGUAAAAAAAUACCAAAUUUGUAAAAAAAUGAAUAUAUAAAAACUUUAUCUAAAAUUUUAACACCAUCAGAAGAUGAAAUAGAUAAAAUUACUUAUAUUUAAAUUACUGAUGAGCAUGAAUAAGAAUUUAAAAAAUAAAAUAUACAUCCUGAUUUAAUAUCAUUUUUUAAAAAAUUAAGAGAAUAAGAUGAAAACUUCACUAAAUCAGAAAAUAAAUUUAUUUAAAAUAUUAUUACUGAAAUUACAGAUUAAUUAACUGAAUAAGUACUUGGUAUAUUAGAAUAAUAAAUUAUAGCACCUUGGACAAAUUAUGGAAUCAAUUUGUGUACUUAAAAUGCACAAGAAAAAUAUUUUUAAUAUAUUUUUCUUGAGCAUAACAACAAUGAUGAAAAUUAAAUCCAAUAAAAUAAUGAAUAGAUUGAAGAUAAUAACUCAAUAUAAGAAUAAACUGAUGUAGAUGAAAAUAAUGAUUAAGAAGAUAAUGAUAUUAAUUUGUCAGAUAAUAAUAAUAAGAAACAAUAACAAACAAUUACUUCAACUCCUAUUGAAUAAAAAAAUAAUCAUAAAGAAAAUCAUACCAUGGCAAUGUAAAUUCCUAAUUCAUAAAUACAAAAAAUUAAUGAAACAGAAUAACAUUAAAUUAAAGAUAUUAAAAAUGAAUCCGAUUUAAUGGAAUCACCACAAUAAAAUGAAAUUUAAAAACCUUAUGAAAUAGUUAAUCCUAAUAAUAAUGUUGAAAGUGAAGAUGAUGAUUCAUCAUGUAAUAAAUGGUUAAUUCGAGGUGGUAUUGGUUUGGGUGGUCUAUGUAUUAUAAUUUUAGGAGGAAAAUUUAUAAAGUCAUUUUAUAAAGAGAAUCUUAAAAUUAAUGAAAAUGAAAGAAAUUUAACUUCGGAGUAAACUUCUUAGGCAUCAGAAGAUUAAUUAAAUGAGGAAUAAGACCAACCAUGA